AUGGCCAAGACCAUCGUCAUCCUCGGCGCCGGCCUCGCGGCCGCGCCCCUCAUCCGCCAGCUGAUGCGCACCCUGGUCCUCACCCGCAAGGACCUCAAGAUGGUCGUCGUCGCCCCCAACUCCCACUUCUACUGGCCCAUUGCCAUCCCCCGCGUCAUGGUCCCCGGCCAGCUGGCCGACGACAAGGUCAUGUUCCCCUGGGACUCCAUCUUUGGCCAGUACCCCGCCGACAAGUUCGAGUUCGUCCUCGGCAAGGCCACCGCGCUGGAUCCGUCGGCCAAGACGGUCACGGUGGCGCUCGGUGAGGCCGAAAGCACCCGCUCCGUCUCGUACCACACGCUCGUCAUCGCCACGGGCGCGUCGGCCAAGGACAACAUGCCGUGGAAGCUCCUCGACACGGCGGAGAAGACGUCGGAGAGGCUACACAGCCUGCAGAGCGACAUCAAGGACGCAAAGACGAUUGUCGUGGCAGGUGGCGGCGCCACGGGCACCGAGACGGCGGGCGAGCUCGGCUUCGAGUACGCAAAGAGCGGCGACAAGGACGUCUACUUUGUCCACGGCGACACCCUGCCCCUGGCGCCGCCCGUGCUGGCGAGCGUGAGGAAGCAGGCGAGGGCGGAGCUGGACAAGCUCAAGGUCAAGGUCAUCGCCAACACGACCGUGACCAAGGUCAGCCGGACGGGCCGCGACACGGUGCUGGAGCUGCGGCACGCCGACGGCAGCACGCGGACGCUCACUGCGCAGGCGUACAUCCCCGCGACGGGGGUGACGCCCAACACAUCGUUUGCGCCGGCCAGUAUGCUCGACGGGCGCGGCUACAUCAAGCAGACCGGGCGGCUGACGGCCGAGGGCUUCGACGACAUCUUCGUCAUGGGCGACGCGGGUAACCUCGAGGCGUCCAAGGCGCAGGCGGCCGAGGCACAGGCCAAGCACCUGAUCAAGGCGCUGCCGGUGCACCUCGACGGCGGCAAGUCGCCCGGCUACACGGCGCAGACCAAGGAGACGGUGGCGGUGACGCUGGGCCGCAGCCGCGGGGCGGGCCAAAUGGGGAGCCUGAGGCUGUUCAGCCUGCUGGUGUGGUAUGCCAAGGGGCGGUUCCUGGGCACCAACUAUGCGCCGCUGUAUGCGGCGGGCAAGAAGACGAUGAUGACGACGUUUGAGAAGUGA